AUGGAACAGCAUCUGUAUGAGAUGAGAUUUAAGACUGGACUUUUCAGCUUGGAAAAGAGACAACUAAAUACAACUUAUUUUCUGCUUCAGGUUUAUGAAGAAAAUGACUACAGGAAGGUUCGAUUUGUUGCACGACAUAAGGAGGUAAAUGAGAGCUUUGCAAUUGACUUAAUUUCAGAGCAGCCUGUGAAUAAAGUUGAAAAUCGAGUGGUAUCAUGUGAUGGUGGUGGAGGAGCUCGGGGACAUCCUAAAGUAUACAUAAAUUUGGACAAAGAUACAAAAACUGGAACCUGUGGUUACUGUGGACUUCAGUUUAAACAGCAACAUCACCAUUGAAAAAUCAUCCCUUCAUGACUUGCAGAAUUGUCAGGAUUUCAGUGUUAAAAUAUUAACAAUAAACAAAAUAUAAAAGCUCAGAGAGCCUUUUUUGUGUUUAAAAACAAAAUCUUGUUUGUGUAAAGAUAUACCAGCUUAACAUUUGAAAAACUAAGGGCUUCUCUAUGGUAUGGGUAAUGCACCCUGCAGAUGUUGGGGCAUGAUUUUUACAGAGCAUUAACAUGUGGCACACUUACUGGUCUGUGUUGACUCUUGUGAUACACAGUAAAGUUUCCAUUGUGCUCUUUAAUGUAGUGUACAGUACUAUGUUAAGGAUUACUAGAGAAUUUUUUGUGUUUCCUAGCAGAGGCUACUUCAAGGGCAGAAAUCACAACCUAUAGUGUACAUUAUCCUAAUAUGUAUACAGCCCGGCGUGUGUUUGGAGAGAUGAAUGAUUCAAAGAAGUUUGAGGUAGAAAUUCUAAUCUCUGUUCAUAGAAAAGACAUUGUGCCAUGUUAUAUUUUUACGAUCUGGGAUGCCUCUUAGUAAAAUGUCUUGGAAUUGAAACUGAUGCUGAAAUCAAAUGGAAAUGGAAAUCUGAUACUCUCUCCCUUCCAAUAAGUUAAAUAAAUAUAAUUUAUUUUCAA